CGCGUAGGCGGGGCGCUUUACACGGAAGUCAACAGCGGGCGGUGGGCGAACCUUCUCUGGCCCACGCCCCUCAGUCCGGAACCCACGCACCCUCAGUGAUUACCCGCACAGAUUGAAGUCAUGGCCAUUCUUUUUGCCGUUGUUGCCAGGGGAACCACUGUCCUUGCCAAACAUGCUUGGUGUGGAGGAAACUUCCUGGAGGUGACGGAGCAGAUUCUGGCUAAGAUACCUUCUGAAAAUAACAAACUAACAUACUCACAUGGCAAUUAUUUGUUUCAUUACAUCUGCCAAGACAGGAUUGUAUACCUUUGUAUCACUGAUGAUGAUUUUGAACGUUCCCGAGCCUUUAAUUUUCUGAAUGAGAUAAAGAAGAGGUUCCAGACUACUUAUGGUUCAAGAGCACAGACAGCACUUCCAUAUGCCAUGAAUAGCGAGUUCUCAAGUGUCUUGGCUGCACAGCUGAAACAUCACUCUGAGAAUAAAGGCCUGGAUAAAGUGUUGGAGACUCAAGCCCAAGUGGAUGAACUAAAAGGAAUCAUGGUCAGAAACAUAGAUCUGGUAGCUCAGCGGGGAGAAAGAUUAGAAUUAUUGAUAGACAAAACAGAAAAUCUCGUGGAUUCGGUAUUCAUUUAUAUCAUUGUGUCAUAUCUCUGUGGUGGAUUCACAUGGUCAAACUGUGUGAAGAAAUAAGAAAGAAGUUGUCAUUAACCGAAGAUAUGAGAAAACAAGAAGUUAAAAGCAAUCCAUGUGACUCAAGCCUUUCACUGCUGACAGAUGGUGUCUGCCAGUCUCUUCAGCCCACUUCUCCCUUUUCUUCUUUUUUUUUUUUUUUUAUUUUUU